AUGUUUGUUUCACUCUUACUAGGAGCGGCUAUUGCCGCCGCAGUUCCAACAACCAUCGAGCGAGAUAAUUCUGCUAUUGCAGUGAGUGAGGAGGUCCCUCAAGCAGCUGGUGCUGCAGUACUGAGCCCAUUUGUAUCAUUUUCGAUCGAGUUUUCCUCUUUCCCUGACUUUGCAGGAAACUUAUCUCGACCAAACAAGUUUUCAAAAAAUCUCUUGGACAACCUCGGUGACCUCCAAGGCGUGAAGCCUCAUCUCCGAGUUGGUGGCAACACGCAAGACCUUGCCUUGUACGACCCAAGUCUGAAAACAUCCAUCAAUGGUACAGUGGUUCCAGCUGUAUCCUCAGACUACCCAUCGAUAAUUUUCAUUGGCCCGUCUUAUUUUGAGUCGUACGCAACUUUGCCUGGUGUCAAGUUCAGCCAUGGCUUUAAUAUGGGAAAGAACGGCACAGUUGGCAUGAAUACACUGCUCGCGACAGUCCCUCUGGCUUGCAAGGCUCUCAAAGGUGGCAAGCUUGCCUACUGGGAAAUUGGCAACGAGCCUGAUUUAUUCAAGACAACCACGCCAAACAGGGUGCGACCUGCAAAUUGGACAGAACAGGACUAUGUGACCGAGUGGCUAGUCAAAGAGAGAGCAGUCCGACACGAGUUGAAAAAGAGUUGUCCGGAAAUGGCAACAGAUGCCGAAUACAAGUACAUUGCCCCAUCAUUUGCCGGCUUGACGAACAGCUUGGAUGCGGUAAAGACAUGGCGGGACGGAAUCAAUACGGAUCACACUAUUGCUUUGAAUUCUAUGCACAAUUACAUGGGUGGCGCCGACGUGCCAGGUGUCACGCUACGGCACACCCUGAUGAACCAUACCUCAACAAAGCACAGCGUUGACCAACAUGUCAACCUCUCCCGCACUCUCAACUCCGAAGGCCUCACCAAGGAUAUCCCCUACAUCCUGGGUGAGACCAACUCACUCUACCACCAAGGCAAGCCAGGCCUGUCAAACUCCUUCGGUGCCGCGCUUUGGGGUGUAGACUUCAAUCUAUACUGCGCAUCACAGAGUAUCCGCCGAACACACAUGCACCAAGGCACAGAUUACCGCUACGCAUCCUGGCAGCCCGUUCAAACAAACAAGACCACAAUCGGCACCAAGGCCCCGUACUACGGGAACGCCAUGGUCGCCGCAAUGCUCAGCGGUGAUCAUGAGAGCGACAAGAUUCGGGUUGUCAAUCUUCCCCUGCCAGAAGAAACCGAGGCGGCCUAUGCGGCCUAUGUCAAUGGCCGUCUGGCCCGCAUUGCGGUUGUGAAUAUGCGGCAGUUCAACUAUACAGAUGAGGAUACCGGCUCGGUCUCGGAUUUAAGUGCCCGCCUCGGUACUAAAUACUCAUUCCAGAUCCCCCACACCUCGGCAAAGACAAUUUCUGUGCAGCGGCUCAUGGCAAAUGGGAGUGAUGCCAUCACGGGUAUUACUUGGGACGGCUGGUCGUACAAUUACGAAUUGAAGAGUGGCGCGCCAGUGCGGCAGCACAAUGUUACAGUUGGUGAAUCGGUGGCUGUCAAGGAAGGGGUUGUUGAGAUCGAAGUCCCGUAUUCGAGUGGCGCGAUUCUCAAUAUUUAG